GCGCAACAUUCCAGAGAAGCGAGUCCGUCGUUGGCGUUUCGCUCACGACAUUCCCGCUCCGUCAAAUCGCGGUCGUCCAGUGCGCCUUCCAGUGGUCCCCGAUCUAGUGGUCCGUCGUGGUCUCCCAGGGGCGCUAAGAUUCCUCCUCCUCCCCUUCCCCCUUAAAAAAAAAAAACAGUCUUGGCGAGAAAAUACUCUUUUGUCUUUUAGACUCGGAGAAAGAAAGAGGAGACCAGAUCGGAGCCACAAUGGGUGACGAUAACGCAUGGGUUUUUGACAGCUUAGUUGGUUUUCUGAGGGGGCCUGUCUGGAAUGUGCCAAUCCUCACCUUCAUUGAACACAAGUCUCUCAUCUUCGAGCCCGGCUGCGAAGAUGACUCCGAACACACCAAGAUCCACGAGGAAUACAAGAACCUGGUGGACUUCAUGCUGGGGUCGUACAUGGAGGACAUUGGCAUCACCCCCGACCAGUUCGAGUCGGCUUGCGGGAAAGCCUCGAUCAAGACCACGUUCCAUCAGACGCUGUUCGAGCAAGUGUGGGCGGCUGACGACUACGAGAUUUUCAAGAGAAUGAUGAUCCAGAAGAACCUCGAGCUGCAACUGCAAGCACUGGAGCUGCUGCAACAACGUUAUGGCAUCAUCCCCGAAUCUUGUAUGCCUGGCGAUGCCAUGAGUCCCGAGGAGCAAGCAGUCAUGGAGGAAGUUAUCAAGAAGUCCCUUGAGGAACACGAGGCGGUGCAGGCGAGUCUGGACGAGGAAACACGAGAUCUGGAGAAGGCGAUUGUGGAGUCGAAGUUCGAGAAGGCGAGGCUGGAGCAGGAGCGAAAUAGGGAGAGGGAGAUGCUGGAGAAGGCGCUGAAGAUGUCUUUGAAUGACACGCCGGAGGAGGAGGAGGAGGAGGAGGAGGCACCGGCGCAGGAGGAGACGCAGCAGAGCGACCAGAUUGACCCCGAGAGCAUCCGUCGCCGAGCGGAGUACCUGAAGGAGCAGAGGGACAAGCUCCUGGCACUCAAGCAGCAGGAGAGGGAGAAACAGCUCGCCGCCUUCGAGGAGUCGGCGCCGCAGAAGAGACCCAAGUCCUCCAGGGCGGCUAGGAAGGUGCUGGCUGGCUCAGACAUCGACGCCCACACGCUGCAGGUGCGGAAGGCCCUGGCGGAGCGACUGAAGGCAGAGGUCAUCGGGAACCAAUAAGCCACAUACUCCACGAGGAGGAAUUAUGUAGAUCUCCUAAGUCGCUUCCUUAAACUUCAUUGUGUUUUUUGGUUAUAUAUAUUUUUUUAGCUGUGUCUCCUUGUCUGUCAGUCUGUUUGUCUUGUGAGUUCCUAUCUCCUGUCUUUGACUCGACUGUUUGUCCGUUUCUUUUUCUUUUUUCAUCUCUCUCUCUCUCUCUCUCUCUCUCCCUUUCUCUCUCUCUCUCCGUCUGCCUGUCUACCUAUCUCUCCUCCAUUUCCCUGUAAUGGAAUUUGCAUUGAUUCAUCAUAUUAAUAUCAAAAUUUCUCAGCAUUUCCAUGGGACUAAUGAAGCGUUUGCGAUAACAUUUCCCAGUUGUCAUUUCCUUGCAAUGUUCUUUGUUCUUGUUCGCAAACGCAAAGAAUGGAGGAGUCAGUAUUGAAACAACAGUCUUGUAAUGCAAUGUUAAUGUAAGACUGAAACAGCGUGAACUACAUCGGGUCAGUGAGUGAGAAGAGUGUGAAAUAGGCACAUACAAAAAGAAGAAGAAAAAAUGUAGUUUUUUGUUUGUUCAUAAGAUGUAUACAUAAGCCUUAGGGUCAAAUCGAAGCAAGAAACAAAAAUAAUAACAACGCGCAAGAUCAAAUGCUGUUUCUCAUAUCAGUUUAACGCUUCCAAAUACUUGAUCUCUUAUACUCCAAUAGAGUCAUAGCACGUGCACACAAUCUGUCUCAUGCUUAUUAAGGAAUUCAGUCCUCCCGUCUUCUCAGUGUUUAUAAUCCGUUUUCUUUGGAGAGAAAUCAGUAAAAUGUGUUUAGGGAUCGGUAAUUAGAAAUUUCCGCGUAAAUAAAUUUGGCGCUGGUUAAGAUUCAGCUCCGGUUGACGAAGAAAAAAUCAUGACUUGAGUAGUAAUCAUCAGUAUUCAUUACUGGUAAUUGUUAUAUGAUAAUGGCAUGAUAAUAACUUGUUUGUCAUUUUAAGUGAACACGAAAAGGGCAUUUUUACUGCAGAGGUAGAGAUGGAGGAAUUUCGUUUAUCCGAACUUCAAGAAAAAAAUGAAAUAAAACCUACUCUGCAUAGCACGAGACAUUUUGUUGACUGAAUAAUUGAGGUUAUUAUAGCUAUGAGAUAUGUGAUACGAUUUCUACUCUCCCAUGCUCAUGUGCACUGCUCAAUGUGAUAAAAUAUGCUAACGAGAAUACAAAAUGGUGUAUUGCUUAGUCCUAGUCAUAAUAUUUUGUUUGCUUAGUGACCAGUAUUUUGGAAACUUUAUGCAGUCGAUUUACCAAGAUUCAGUGCCUUUAUCUUACUGCUGUUUUUUUCACCAAUAUUGGCACAGAGAUGACUUCUGGAUGGCAAAGGCCCUGCAGAUCUUAAUCCCUCAAUUGAAAGCUUUAUAAAUCGAAACUUCAGGUUGGUAAUUGUAAUUAGGGCUUUAUUUAUACGUCCAUGGCUUUGACUAUGCGCUGUGACUCUCUGUCUAUGCAUCAUUGUUGUGAUACAAUGUUAGGAAGACCAAAUAAAACGAAUGCCCAUCCCCCCUAAAACUGUGUAACUGGUGAUUGAUAUUUUUUUCUUUUAUUCAACUCGUCAGCGACACUGUUGUUCACCCAUAAGAAUAAAGAAAAAAAAAAUGUUUAAACUAAAAAAAAGGAGUGAUAUUUCCAUAUCAUAUUACCUUCACUACUGUUUUAGUUCAAUAAGGAUUUUCCAUGUGAAUUUGUUAUUGUUUGGUACAAUGAGUUAGAAUUUAGAACCACGUUUAUAUGAUAGUGUAUUGCACGUGGAUGAGUAUUUUUGCCUAAAGCACCGCGUCUGCACAAUAAACUACACGAGAAAA